AUGGCACAGACACAAGUACAGGCACAAGGUCAAGCACGGAAAGUGCCAGACUCAGUGAAGGAACUAACUAGUAUUGAUCCUUGGUUGGAACCGUUCACGGAGGAAUUGGCGUACAGGAGAAGUGUUGCUGAUAAAUGGCUUGACACUCUAACCUCAAAUGAGGGUGGUAUACUGAAAUUUGCAGACUCGUACAAAUAUAUGGGUAUACAUGUUAACAAGGACAAUUCAAUAACAUACAAUGAGUAUGCCCCCAAUGCAACUGCUGCCUGUCUUAUUGGCGAUUUCAACAACUGGGAACAUGAUGUGACCCCAAUGGUUAAGGAUUCAAUGGGGCAUUUUACAGUUACCAUUCCUCCACAUAAGGACGGGAAGCCUGCCAUUGAACACAAUUCAAGGGUGAAGAUCCUUUUGACCUUGCCAAGUGGGGAGAAAGUAGCAAGACUACCUGCCUACAUUCAUAGGGCAACUCAGCCUCCAAAAGAAUAUAAUAAUCCUUCUUAUGAGGCCAGAUUUUGGAACCCAACUGACAAGUAUAUCUUUCAACAUAAGCGUCCAAAGCUCCCAAAAUCUUUGAAAAUCUAUGAAGCACACGUUGGAAUUUCGACGCCUGAUCCUAAAAUUGGAACUUACAAUGAAUUCACCGAUAAUGUUUUACCGGUAAUAAAGGACUUGGGUUAUAAUACGAUCCAGUUGAUGUCCAUCAUGGAACACGCAUAUUACGCAUCCUUUGGCUAUCAAAUCACCUCUUUUUUUGCUGUAUCAUCUAGAUUUGGAACUCCCGAAGAUUUGAAGAGGUUGAUUGAUACUGCGCAUGGCUUGGGGUUGAGGGUUUUGCUUGAUGUUGUUCACUCUCACGCCUCCAAAAACGUCGAGGAUGGUUUGAAUAUGUUUGAUGGUACCGAUUAUUGCUAUUUCCACUCCGGUGGCAAGGGCCAACAUGAUCAGUGGGAUUCUAGACUAUUUAAUUACGGGAAUUAUGAAACUCUAAGGUUUUUAUUGAGUAAUUUGAAAUAUUUUCUAGACGAAUUCAGUUUUGAUGGGUUCCGGUUUGAUGGUAUCACGUCAAUGUUGUAUACACACCAUGGAAUUGGGUCUGGUUUUUCAGGUGAUUAUAAUGAAUAUUUGAGUCCAUUUGCUCCGGUAGAUAAGGAGGCUUUGGCUUAUAUGAUGUUAGCAAACGAUUUGUGUGUACAAUAUUCCAAGACUAACGAUUGUACUAUUACGACAAUUGCGGAAGAUGUGUCUGGUUACCCAACUCUCUGCAGACCAAGAUCACAUGGUGGUGUUGGCUUUGAUUACAGAUUGGCAAUGUCAAUACCUGAUAUGUGGAUUAAGAUUUUAAAACAUAAAUCGGAUGAAGAUUGGGAUAUGGGUGGCAUCACCCACACCUUGGCAAAUAGAAGGUAUGGAGAAAAAUGUGUUGCUUAUUGUGAAUCUCACGAUCAAGCACUCGUUGGUGAUAAAACUUUGGCAUUUUGGUUGAUGGAUGCCGAGAUGUACACCAACAUGUCUGUGUUGUCCCCCUUAACCCCGGUAAUCGAACGUGGGAUCCAAUUGCAUAAGAUGAUUAGGUUGAUCACUAAUGCCUUGGGUGGUGAAGCCUAUUUGAAUUUUGAAGGUAAUGAAUUUGGUCACCCUGAAUGGCUUGAUUUCCCAAGAGAAGGUAACGCCGAAUCCUAUCAUUAUGCGAGAAGACAAUUUAAUUUGAUUAAAGACGACCUUUUACGCUAUAAAUUCUUAUAUGCCUUUGAUAAGGCAAUGAAUGAAACCGAAACUAAGUUCACUUGGCUAAACACACAACCUGCUUACGUUUCUCUCAAACAUGAAGGCGACAAAGUGAUUGCUUUCGAAAGAGCAAAUAAAGUCUUUAUUUUCAACUUUCAUCCGACUAAUAGUUAUGUUAGCUAUAGAAUUGGUGUGGAUGUUCCUGGUACUUACAGAAUAAUUUUGAACACUAACAGAGUAGAAUAUGGAGGUCAUAAUCUCAUAGAUGAAGGGAAGAGCGUUUUCUUUACCAAUCCUCUAGCAUGGAAUAACAGAAGUAACCAUAUUGAAGUUUACUUACCUGCCAGAACAGCUAUAGUGUUGGCAUCAGAGUCUGAAAUCGAGCAGUCUGGAAACUAA